AUGUCUAACUUAUUUGGAAAGGGGUUGUCGGUGUGUUGUUGUGUUGCGGGCUCGUCAAAGCCCUGGGCGGACGGGGAAGCCGAUGGUGAUGCAAAGUACGAAGAUCUGCAAGGCCCUGGAGGUCGGAAUCUUACGGGUUCUGUGAAUGAUAAACGUAUUUGUGUUCCGCAAAAAAUUGAUCCUAAAACGUUCUUUGCCAAUGAGAGGACAUUUCUCAAGUGGCUCUCCAUCUCGGUGAUGGUGGGUAUGAUGUCCUUGACACUUCUGAACUUCGGUGAUACGUCAAGCAACGCCGCCGAAUUAGCUGGCUUGGUCCUCCUUCCCGUAUCUAUUCUCUUUAUGGUGUACUCUUUAUUUAUUUUCAGAGAUCGUGCGAACAAAAUUUACAUGCGUGAGCCUAUGCGAUAUGAUGACACCCGUGGACCCACAAUGCUUGUGCUUGUCCUUGGAGCUGCUCUGGUUCUUGCGACUAUCUUCUCGCUUCAGCGGCAGUUUUACGGCUCUGUUUCACCAUCUUUUUACGCAGGCGCUCGUUUCUCGUAA